AUGGAGGUGUCGAGCACGAUUGGCCCGACGCCGCAUCGGUCGCCGACUCCGGAACUUCACGCGACGUACACAAGUCUUGAGAUCUUGGUGGCCCUUGUGGCUGUUGUUGGAAAUGCGAUGGUGAUACACGUGUUUCGUAAAGACAGACGGUUACGUCGACGGACGAAUUAUUAUAUCGUGUCGUUGGCUAUUGCGGACUUUUUGGUUGGUUUACUUGGGAUUCCUUUUGCGAUCCUAGCUUCAGUUGGAAUGCCGAGAAAUCUCUACGCCUGUCUCUUCACAGUGUCAUUGCUGGUUAUGCUGUGCACGAUCAGUAUCUUCUGUUUAGUGGCAGUGUCUGUGGAUCGCUACUGGGCGAUACUUCAUCCAAUGGGUUAUUCGAGGAACGUUCGGACUAAAACGGCAAUCUGUAAGUAA